CUUUAUCUUGAAGUGGUCUCUUGCGUGUUAUUAAUUGAAUAUAUUUUGAAACUAUGCCUGUGUUGUGUCAAAUAUAUCUGGAAAAGACCAGAGAUGGUGUGCACAGAUCUGGGGAGCCAGUGAGAGGCACCCUGAUCUACUCAGUGGAUAAGCCAACAAAGUUUGAAAGCAUACACGUCAAGUUGUUGGGCAAAGGAAAGUGCAGUUGGUCAGAAUCCGAUGGUGAUAACACCACACAUUAUAGCAAUAAAGAAGAAUAUGUGAACCAAUCUUGCAAUGUACUCCAAUCAACAACUGAUAAGAAACUACCUGCAGGUAAAUACGAAUUCCCAUUUCAUUUCGUCCUUCCAAAUGAGAUACCAGCGUCAAUCAAAAAUAAGACAUGCACUAUAGAAUACAAAAUCAUCGCAGAAUUUGUGAAGGCAAAGUUUUUUAGCGCAACCAGUAAAUUUACAACAGAAAUACCUGUGUACGCUUACGUGAGCCGAACCAGUGUAGAACCUCUACACUUUGGUCUACAAAAAGAACUGUUUUCCUUAACAUCAAACAACAAAGUGAUCGUCAAAGCAGUAUUAGAUAAAACAGUGGCUUCACCAGGUGAAAAUUUAACUGUAAAAAUGACAGUACACAAUGAUACAGGAUUGGUUAUAACAAUAAAAACUCAAUUGUACAGAUAUUUUACUUACAUAUCUAGUUCGAAAAGUAAAAGGGUGGAUAAGGAAUCUGUGAAAGAAACGACUUCUGUAAAGACGUUGAAAGAGAGAAGUGUAUCAAAUUUGAUGUUUACUGUGCCAAUACUACCAAGUUUAUAUUCAAUACAGCAUACGAAGAUAAUGACUGGAGAAUACAGAGUGAAAGUAACAGCUGACUUGCCCUUCCCUCACAUCAAUGAAGUAGUAGAAGUACCAGUGGUUAUUGGUGAAACAAGAGAUAGACCUGGACCAGAAGUUCGAGUUCUUGAUGACAAACCUUCAUCUUCAAAGGAUAGAUAUGAAAAGGAAGAUAAAGGAGAAUGGAACGGUGAUGACAAUUGGGACAAAUUACGCAUCAGCUGAUGAUUGGAUUAUGAUAGUUUAAAAACAUUGUGUAAAAAUUUUUUCUUGAAAAAAAUCUUAGCAUUUUGUUAUAUGUUUAUUUGUCAAACUCAAACCUUCUCCGUGUGAGAAGAGGCCUUUACUCAGCAGUGGGCAAUUAUAAUCAAUUAUUUCUCACAUGUUUACAUACAAAAGGGCCGUUUAUGGUUUUCAUUUUUCUUGAUGAGGUGAUUUAUAUUAAUUGUUUUACAAUAAUAAAUAUAAGUAUGUUUAAGUAAC